CCCAAAACCAGCGGUGCCCUCCACGCGUCUUCGUUGCCUUCGCGGCGGCGUCGCUUGGAUGGCAUGCCGCGAGCGGCGGCCGUGCACAGCGCGCGUUGCGCGCGGGCGGCGCAGGAGGGUGCUCAGUGGCUGAGCCGCUUCCGGGAGCGCGGCCAUCUCUGGGCCCAGCUGGACCCGCUGGGCCGCUGCAGAGGUCCGCUCGCCAAGAAUGACCAGUGGUGGCAGGAUGAGUGCAUAGAGCACCCGCUCGCAGGGCUGCGCAUGGGGCGCGGGCCCCUCUUCGUGGCUCCCGAGGAGCUACCCUCCGCCACGGGCUGGUGGUCUCGAGAGAACUUACUACAAGUCAUGGAGGAGGCCCACUGCGGCACAUUGAGCGUGGAAGCGAGCCAUUUGUCCUGCCCGGAGCGGCGCAGGUGGUGGCACUCGGCGGUGGAGCUGAAGUCGCAAAGCGAGCUGAGCGGGGCGCGGUGUCGGGCGCUGCUGCUGAGGCUGCUGAGGGCUACGCUCUUGACCCAGUUCCUGCGGUCCAAGUUUCCGGCCACCAAGUGGUUCGGUCUGGACGGCUGCGAGGCGCUGAUCCCAGGGCUCUACCGCCUGUGCCACCGCUCAGCGCAGCAUGGAGUGGAGCGGAUCGAGCUGGGCAUGCCCCACAGAGGACGGCUAAACGUGCUGGCGAAUCUCUUGGGCAAGGAGCUGAGUUUGAUCUGCUGCGAGAUGAACGAGAACCGGAGCGAUUUCCACGUGGGGGACGUGAAGUACCACACCGGCUACUUCGGGGCGUUGCCGGUUCUGCCCAGCGCGUGGCAACAGAAGUUCUCAGCCGCGGAAUGCGAGGUGACGCCGCCGGUGCUGAGCGUCAUCCCCAACCCCAGCCACUUGGAGCUGGUGACGCCAGUGGUGCUGGGCAAGGUGAGGGCCUUGCAGGACGAAGGUUCCCACCAGGUGCUGGGCCUCAUCCUGCACGGCGACGCCGCCUUCGCGGGCUCCGGGCUCGCCUUCGAGGCCAUGCAGCUGGCGAGGCUCCCGGCCUACCACUGCCAGGGCGCCGUGCACGUGGUGCUGAACAACCAGGUGGGUUACACCACGAAGCCCUACGAGGGCCGCUCUGCCGCACACCCCAGUGACGUGGCGAAGGCCUUCGAGGUGCCGGUGGUCCACGUGAACGCGGACGACCUGCGGGCGGUGGACCGGGCCUUCCGGCUGGCGGCGGAUUGGCGCCAGGAGUGGCGGGAGGACGUGGUGGUGGACCUCGUGGGCUACCGGAGGUUCGGCCACAACGAGACGGACCGCCCGGCCGCCUCCGCGCCCUUGUCCUACGCCAAAGUGGCCAGCCACCCCGAGGCGGCGGAGAUCUUUGCGCAGCGCCUGGUGGUAGAAGGGAAGCUGCAGGAGCAACAAGUCCAGGAGAUGCGGGCGGAAAUUCUGGACGAGCUGAACAGAGAGUUUCUGGAGAAGGAGAGGCACAAGACCGACGGCCUGGACUGGGUCCUGGGCAAGUACCGGGGUCGCAUCGACGAGGGGCGGCGGCCCAAGCAGGUUCGAGGCAUCACCGGCGUGCCCCUGGAGACCCUCACGCACAUCGGCGAGGCGAUGGUGCGCGCGCCGGAUGAGACCCUAACCGAGGUGGGCCAGCUGCUGGCGCGGCGCGAGGCACAGCUGGUGCCCGGGGGGCGGGUGGACUUUGCCACCGCCGAGCAGCUGGCCUUCGGGUCGCUGCUGCUGCACCGGGACGUCUGGGCCCAGAGCGGCGGCACCGGCAGCUGGGCGGUGGCGCAGCACGAGCGGCUGCCCCACAAGAACGUGAGGCUCUGCGGCCAGGACUCGGUGCGCGGCACCUUCAACCAGCGGCACCUGGUGAUCCAUGACGUGAAUGGCAUGGAGGUGCAGCUCUUGCAGGACCUGGCGCCAGGGCAUCAAGCAAAGUUCUAUGCCUUCAAUAGCACCCUGUCCGAAGCGGCGGCGCUGGGCUUUGAGUACGGCUACAGCCUGGGGGAUGAUGAUGCCCUGGUGUGCUGGGAGGCGCAGUUCGGGGACUUUGCCAAUAUGGCUCAGGCCGUGAUCGACGAGUUCAUCGUCUCCGGCGAGGAGAAGUGGGGCCAACCAACGCGGCUGACGCUGCUGCUCCCCCACGGCUACGACGGCCAAGGGCCCAACCACAGCAGCGCGCGGCUGGAGAGGUUCUUGCAGCUCACCAACGAUGACCCGAACCACCUACCUGGAAACUCCCCGGAGGACCUUCGAGAGAUCGACAAAGCCUUCGAUAUUCUGGACACCGGGGAGGGGAUCCUCAAGGAGGAGCAGGUGAAGAGCUAUCUGCAGCCCGCCUCAGACUUCGAACUGGAGUGGGAGCUGUGGCUGAAGACGGCGCAGAGCGCCCUGGGCCGCCCAGCGCGUGGCCUGGCCGCCGGCGUCACGCGCCAGGAGUGGCGCCAGGUGAUGCAGCAGCUCUACCGCCGCAACGCGGAGAAGGAUGCCAACAUCUUCGUGCUGAAUGUCACCACUCCGGCGCAGUAUUUCCACGUGCUGCGGAGACAGGCGCACCGGCCCUUCAAGAAGCCUCUGGUGCUGAUGACCCCCAAGUACCUGCUGCACCACUCCAAGGCCACCAGCGCCUUCGAGGAUUUCAGCGAGCAGAACUUCUUCAUGCGGGUGAUCGUGGACUACAGCCCCUUGCUCACGGAGCUGGCUAGUCGCAGCGACAACACGAGGCAUUUGAGCACCAGCAAGACCGGCGCUCCGUUGACUCUCCCCUUGGAGAGCGUGCGGCGCGUGAUCCUUUGCAGCGGCCAGAUCUACUACAAGCUCUCGCACAAGCGCCGGAGCGGGAAGAUCAAGGACGUGGUCUUGGUGCGCCUUGAACAGAUCUCCCCCUUCCCCUACGAUCGCAUCAUCAAGGCGCUGUCCUACUACCCCAACGCUGACGUCGUCUGGUGCCAAGAAGAGCCCAAGAACAUGGGAGCGUGGUUCUAUGUGCAGCCCAGGCUCGCCACGGCUGGGCGCCGGGACGUGGCCUACGUGGGCCGCCCCGCGGCGGCGGCGCCGGCCACCGGGUCUCAGCAGAUCCACGCGGAGGAGACUCGCCUCAUUCUGGACGCUGCCUUCGCCAUGUGACGUCAGAGAAA